AAAAAAUUAUUUUAUUUAAAUGAUUUUGAGAAUAUCUGUAAAAUUAAAAUUUAAUGUUAAUUUUGAACUAAAAUUCAUUAUAUCCAAUCAUUUGAUACUUCAUAAAAUUUAUUAAUUAUUUUCAAGCUUAAUUUCUAGCUACAAGCGACAAAUGAGCCCCACACAAACCAACAAAAUUUCAUUUGGAUUCUAUUCAUUAAAUAAUCAAAUUUAAAUAUCAUAUUUAUAUUUAAAUUGGACUUUUUUUAUUUUUGGAAAAUUUUAUAUUGGAUUUAUUCAUUGACGAACGAGCGAGCCGAUCUUCCUGAGCGCCUCUGCUCCUUUUCCCGCCCAUCGCCCUACAAAAAGAAAAAAACAAAUAAAUACAAAGGGCAAACCCAUUAUAGUCUUGUAGAAAUAAAAGAGUAGAGGGGCGAAGUAGACAGAGACGAGAAGAAGCUUUAAUGGUAGCCGGAAAGGUGAAGAAGGUGAUGGGUCUACAGAAAAGCCCCGCAACGCCAAAGCUUGAAACAGCGCCUUCGCAGCGGUCUUCGUCGCUUCCGAACUCGCCUCUCUCCGCCGGCAAGGUGACAGUCUUUUCUCGCUCAGUCGGUGUCUAUUUCCCACGAUCUUCCGCGCAGGUUCAGCUCCGUUCACCCAGCAUCGCCGACCUCUUUCGCCUUAUCGAAGACCUGCAAGAGACGGAGUCCCGCCUGAGAACAGAGCUUCUGGAACAGAAGAUACUCAAGGAGACGGUAUCCAUCGUGCCGUUUCUAGAGAAGGAGGUCGCUGCCAAAGACGAAGAUCUGGAUCGCACCAGGAAGAUCGUGGAGGGGCUGGAAGCGGAGACCCGCGCCCUGCGGAUCGAGGUGGAGACGUUGCGUGUCAGGAUUCAGGAAAUAGAGGAGGAGGCGCGGCGGAGGGGCAAGGAGGUGGAGGAGUUGCGGCGGACGGUAACAGAGCAGCAAAGCGAGUUGAAGCGAUUCUGUGAAAAUGGGUGUUCGUCAUCAGAGCAGUUUCAAGGGCUGAUUGACGCCUCUGCGAAGUCGAUCCUUCUGAAAAAUGUUCGAAAAUCCACGAAUCCCAUUGUCGUCGUCUCUAAUCACGAAGCAUCUAAACUGGAGUUCAAAGAUCGGAUGCGAGAAGAGGGAGAAUCGGAACGGCUGUAUCAACAUAAUAACUGCGAAAUGGAAGAGAUCUUGAAACCUAGAAAAGCUCCUAGGGUACCGAACCCUCCUCCGUUGCCAUCUGCUUCACUCGCAAAUUCCUUGUCGCCAACUAUGGCUUCCGGAAAUAGAAACGUCGGUUCUAUGCUGGCCAGAUUUCAGGCUAUAAAGCCGCCUCUUCCUCCUCCGCCUCCACCGCCUCCGCCGCCGCCUUCGGCUGCGAAAGGUCGGAGAAUGGGCGCUGCAGCGGUGCGCCGGGCGCCGGAAGUAGUCGAGUUCUACCACUCGCUGAUGCGGCGGGAUUCGAGGCGGGAUUCCAGUGGCGGAGUUUCCGACGCUAUGGCGGUGGCGAACACCCGAAAAAUGAUCGGCGAGAUUGAGAACCGGUCGGCUCACCUUCACGCUAUCAAAAGGGAGGUGGAGACUCAGGGCGAUUUUAUACGUUUUUUGAUAAAGGCGGUGGAGAGCGCGGCGUUCUCCGACAUUGAAGACCUUGUAGCCUUCGUAAAAUGGCUCGAUCAUGAGCUUUCCUUCCUGGUCGAUGAGAGGGCAGUGCUGAAGCAUUUUGAUUGGCCGGAGGCGAAGUCUGAUGCGAUGCGGGAGGCUGCUUUUGAGUAUUGCGAUCUUCGGAAGUUGGAGUCGGAGGCGUCCUCUUUCUGCGAUGAUCCAAGACAGCCCCGUGCUUCCGCCCUCAAAAAGAUGCAGAGCCUUCUGGAAAAAUUAGAGCUUGCCGUGUAUAAUCUUUCACGUGUUCGAGAGAUUGCGAUGGAGCGAUACAAGAAUUUCCAGAUCCCUUGGGAGUGGAUGCUCGACUGCGGAAUUGUUAGUCAGAUCAAGCUAGCUUCUGUUAAAUUGGCAAUGAAGUACAUGAAAAGAGUUUCUUUCGAAAUAGAAGCUAUACUGGGCCCUGAAGAGGAAGAUCUCAUGCUACGGGGUGUUAGGUUUGCCUUCCGAGUGCACCAGUUCGCCGGAGGCUUUGAUGUGGAAACAAUGUGCGCUUUUCAAGAACUCAAAGAGAAAGCUCGGAAAGUUGAAGCUCACGAGCAGAAGAAUCAACAGCAGUGACAAAAAGUUUUGUUAGACGCAUCGAUCGAGUUCAUUAGAAUUAUCAACCUCUGGCCUUUUUAUUGUUAGGGCGCAGGUUUUUUUUUUUCUCCAUCUUAUGUCAAUAAUGUUUUGAACUGUGCUAUUAGGUUCUAACUUCUAAGAGAGUUUUUUC